AAACACAUAGAAACCCUAAAAUACUAAUAUUCAUCAUCUCCGAUCAGACAAUGGCAAACCCUAAAGUCUUCUUUGAUUUGACCGUCGACGGCAAACCAUCUGGUCGGAUCGUGAUAGAGCUCUUCGCUGACUUGACUCCACGUACGGCGGAGAACUUUAGAACCCUAUGUACCGGCGAGAAAGGCGUGGGAAAGUGUGGUAAACCACUCCACUACAAAGGAUCAUCCUUCGACCGUAUCGUUCCUGAUCUCAUGUGGUGUGGAGGAGAUAUCAUGGUCGGAGACAAGUCGUUCUACGAAGAGGGUUUGGUCGACGACAACGAGUACUUCAUCUUGAACCACGAAGGUCCAGGUGUCAUCUCCAUGCCACACUCGGACAGAACUCACUUCCAGAUCUUCAUGAGUGAGGGGUUGGAGAUGGAUGGUGAUCAUGUUGUGUUCGGUAGAGUUGUUGAAGGGUUGGAUCUUAUGAAGAGCAUUGAGGAGGAGGUCGUAAGUGAAACAAGGAAGCCUUGUAAGCCCGUGGUGAUCGAGGACUGUGGUGAGCUUUCAGAUUAUAGAUAUGAAAGUGUUUAUUUUAUGAAUAUAAUUGUAGCUUUUAUGGUUUUGAUGUGUUUUUGUUCUUCGUUCGUUUAGUUAGUUUUGAGUUUUGGAGUUUAAACUGGCUAUAUAGCCUUUACCAUUGAAUACUUAAUGAUUAACAUAAUUUUUAAUUAGCUAUUAAUUA